UGAAGACACAGGCUCGAGUCAAGUGCAACACCUACGUCGCACAAGCAGUUGGGAAGAGCAGCCCUCCUCUCCUGCCAGCGAGGAAGGCUUCACAGCCAAAGCUCCUCUCGAAGAGGCUGGAGCCCUCCUAGUUCAGCUGAGACUCAACAUUCCUCAAGCUAGGACACUGCUGCCCGAGCAGAGCUCUGGUAACGUGGUGACAUCCCCAAGAAGAAGUUCAGCUGGACCAGAAACACGUGCAGUCAUAUGAUCAGACAAAUUGUAAACAAACCCCCAGAUGCAUUGGGUUUGUGAGUUGACUUGAUGUCAGCACCCUCAGGGUGUGGGAGGGUCUGCAAAAUCAAAACCAUCGGAAACAACAGUGACCUCACUUGAAACCUCGGGCUAGCUGUGAUCAUCCCCAUGUUCCUGCAGAGCACCAAGUAACUCCAUUCUGAAAAAAAAUACGCUGUUGUAGAGCUUAAAGGAAGGGGACUCGUGUCCAACAUGGAGGGUGUAGCUGUGCACAACCUAAUAGACUUUGACCUGCCCUCAGAGGCCACAGCUCUUAGCGUAGCUUCAGGUCAACAUGAAGGCCAUACAGACAUUUUCUCCCCAGAGCCAGCGUCUUCCAUGGCAGUCCAACAGCAGCCCUUACUGCCAGAGCCCAUAGCUCCAACCAAACCCAGCACUCACCACCACCACCACCAAGAGGAAGGAGGCAAUGACAGCGAUGCAACAGAGUCAGCAGACAGCGAGAACGACAUGGACCCACCCUCUCACAUGUGGGAGCUGAGGAGGUCGUCGUCUUCGUCCGCUCACAGCAGAGAGGACGCUGAUGCUGACACGGUGGAGAAGAGGCAGUUCAUGAAGGCGUAUGUGGAGAAGAUAUUUCAUGGAAAGGAGGACUUUGACCAGGAAGAGAAGGCUCGUUUUGGGGAACUGUGCAGUGGAGAGGCCGGCAAAGGCAGGGAGUGGUUUGCCAAAUACGUCAGCGCGCAGCGCUGCCACUCCAAAUGUGUGAGCGAGGCCACCUUCUACAGACUGGUGCAGUCUUUUGCAGUCGUACUGUUUGAAUGUUACCAGAUGGAUGACUACAGCCCAGCCAAAAACCUCAUGACCAUGUGCUUCACGUACUACUACAUCGGGAAGUCUCAGCCAUCUCCCUCAGAGCUCCUGGACCGUGGUGGUCCUCCAGCCGGUCUGGACUCAUACCUCAACAAGGCCAAUUCCUGGCUGUCUGGGAAAAAGGAUGCCGCCGAGCGCCUUCUUAAAAACACAUCGAAGACUGACGUCAAGGGCUUCUUUGGAGGCCUAGAGAGCAAGCUUAGGAGCUCAAUGGCUCCUAAGACUGAGGAAGGUGAAAGCCCAGGUGAAACAAAGUCCAAAUCAUCAGUGUCUGAAGCUCCAGAGGAAAAGAAAGGAGAGAAGGUGUACCUGUACACCCACCUGAAGCAGCAGCCCAUCUGGCAUACGCUACGAUUUUGGAACGCUGCGUUUUUUGAUGCCGUCCAUUGUGAGAGGAAGAAGAGAUCACCAACCACAAGGGAGAAGUGGUGUCAUAUGACCCAGGAGGAGAGGGACGACAGCUCCAAAAUCGAUGAGAACAUCGCCUUCGGCCAACUGGGGACAUUCACUCAUAACAUGCUGGCGUUUGGGCUCAGUAAGAAGCUGUGCAAUGACUUCCUGAAGAAGCAGGCAGUUAUUGGGAACCUGAAUGAAGAACAGUACAAGUUGCUGAGCGACCACAUAGAGAAAAUGGCGGCAGAGUGAGUUUGAGGACGACAGGUUCACAUUUCAAAGCCUCCACAUGAUUAGACUGACAGCACACGAACAUCAGACCUUUCUCUUUGCUUAUUAUAGUGACCAACCCUCUGUUUGACUGUUGUUGCAUUUGUGUGGUGCGCUGCUGAAAACCAGCACGAUCUUCUGUACUGAACGGUGCCAUAGUUGUAGCAAACACUGUUUAUCCAGCUUGGUAGUGCUCCUCUGCCUCCUGUCCUGUAUCAGCAAUAAUACGACCUCACCCGCUGGUGCAUACUGUAACAUCUGUAACGCCUCUGUCUGUGACCUGUUAGCUUCAGGUGAAACCAUCUAGUAUAAAACCUAAACAGGCUCAGUCUGGUUUUCUACAUUAUUCAUGCAUGAUGUGGAGAUUAUACAUCCUAUAUGCUGUUUAAUUCUGUGUUUCCUAACAUAUUACAUUAGUGUAACGCAGCUAAUAGCAUCUGUUGAUUAGUGAACACUCCUGUGCUCUAUAAUCUGUGUUUUCUGUAGCACUGUAGUGUAGUGUUUGGCAAUACACACAAAAAAUACAGCUUUGACUAAAUGUGACAUAUAACCUUACUGCUGGCAUUUAAACUGGCAGAAAUAAUACCCCUCCAUGUCUUCUCUUAAAGACGUCUGAAAUCUGGGCAAGUCCACGUAUUUACCUCCCUGCCCAGAGUUAAACAAUAAAAUAUAUAUCACUCUUCAUGUGCUGAAUUGGUAAAACCACAACAUGCCAUCUUUAUACCAGUGAUUGGAUGGAUUAAACAAACAGAUUAUGAUGUGUUAAACAGUGAACUUCAGAGGAGCUGACAGUCAUUUGGACAGGCUAACAGUUUUCCUCCGCCUCCAGUCAUGAUGCUAAGCUAAGCUAACUGCCUGCUCACAGAAGUAUCAGUAUCCAACGCGGCGAGUCUUCCUUCCUCGACCUAUUUCAGUCCCGUUUUUGCCACUCUCACUCUGGCACACAUUUACAGUUUAGUGUUGAUAAUUUUAUGUUGUGAUUUUGAUUUUAAUGAGGAACUUAACUCUACCUGUAGGAAUAUUAUCCCUCUAAAGUGCCUUCCAUGAACGUUAAUACUCUUUUCCUCUGACGCUGCCCUUGAUUUCCUGACUGAACACUAAUGCAGAGCCUGCAAAGAUCACUUUUUUACUGAUUCCCUGCUAGAUUCACACCUGCUGCAUGCAAAUCAAACCCCCUGCAUUGCUCUCUGUACUAGUUUGCUUUCAUUUAGUUGAGCUAUAAUGCCAACAGCAUGGCUGAGCAUGUCGCCCGGAUAAAAAUCUGACCCACCAUACGAACUCUUUCCCAUUCUGCUGCACGUGCAUCCACCUGUAUAUCUUUCUAACAAGUGGAAACAGUGCUGCAUCAAACAAAUGAGAAAUGAGGGACUGAACUGUGUGGUGACAUUCCCUAACUGUAUUACUUCAUCCUGCCACUGCGGGGUAGCAUUGUGUCUCCAUCCAGAGCUCUUCUCAGUGAGAGAUUCCUGAAUCCAAAAGUCCCAUCUCAGCUGUUUCAGGAGUGUGUCAGUGUGUGUCUUUUAAAAUAAUAAAAUCCGGUUGUCUACAUGUGAACGCCAGGGCGAUGCUCUCUCUGGCAGGUUGAAUCCCAUUUCAGACGGAUAAUCUGCGUGAAUCUACGGUGUCGAUGAAGUCGUUUUGUAAAUACUGUACAUAUUUCUCUGUAUGCUGUAAGAAGUAAUCCUGUGCUGCUGUUUGUGAAUUGUGAAUAGACAGUAGACGUCAUAGUGUGUUGUGACUGUUGUGUCCGUGAGGAACAGAAAUGUCUAACUGUAGUUAGGACCCUGAAGUGCCCCCGUACAUCCCACCUCUGUGUGAUGUGGUCAUUCAGAGUGUAUUGCAUAUAGUGCUGUGUAAUAGUCUCCAGUGUAGAUGUACAUCCUUCCUCCACAGCUGAGUGACAGGUCUCCAGCUGCGUGCAGUCUAACCAUACCUUUCAAACCUCUGUGCACUUUACACUCUGCUUCAUUGACUGUUGAUUCUCUCAAGUGUCCCUCUUGCAUGUCCUCCAAGUCCAAACCUUUGAGACAUAUUCUUAGGCUGUGUGCAGAAUAGCUCUGAUUCCCUGCUGUUUGUUUUUUCCUGCUGUGACCUUUGACCUGACCACGUCGCAGCUUUAAUGCUUUGCACACCCCUGUGGGUUGGUUAAAGUAUUGACCUGUAUGUUGUAGGCUGCUUAUCAGCUCAGCAUGAGCCAUUUGCACUACAUUUAGUCUCAGCAUCUCUACGCUGUAAUCUUCCUCUGAAUGACGUUACAUUGAUGCCUUUCACAUUCGUUCUGCAUGGCCAGUGCACGCCGUCCUUACAUCGAGCAUAUCCUCCGUGAAAUCUUGAUGGUAGUUUGUCUUGUCUGGAUGAAAAGACCUUUUUUUUUUUACCAUAUUGAUUUUGUGUAAAGUAUCAACCAAGUGAAAUUUAUCAUUAAAUGAACACAAAGUUUUUGUGCAGUGUUGUUUAACCCAUACGGUGAAGAACACAUGGUCUGUGUGUACCCAGUUGGUCAUUAGUUUUGGAGUUCCAUGCUAACGUUUAAGCAUACGCUGUGUUGGGUGAUGGCAGCUAGGAAAUGAAUCCACAGUCAGUGGAUUCAUUCAGAACAAAAUGAAAGACCACAGACUCACUCCCUGGAGCUAAUGUAGGCUGGUGUUUUUUUUUUUUUUAGAAACGUAGAUGAGGAGAAAAUGUCCGUGUGAAUUUUACAGUCUUCCCGACGCACGUCAUCUCAAUCACCUGAGUCCAGGUGCUAGGGUGAUAACUCCCACCAGGCCAAGUAGUACUGACAUGAAUAGAAAUGUGUUGUAUUGUGAAACUGAAACGGUCUAACUGAAAAUACGGCAUGCUAACUUUCUGUGGCCUGUAACUGGGCCUGGUGUAGCUGCUGUGAUCGUAUGUUACAGGUGCAGAGUAUGUGAUGAGGCACUGACUCCACUAAAUGUCACCUGGUUAGCAACUGACAGCAAAGGAAGCGUCUGGGAAUCCAAGUUAAACUGAGGAUAGAAUUCAACCAGUAUGCUAUGAUGUUAGCAUAGCACAGAUGAUCCACUGGGAGCACAUAUCAUAUUUAUAUUGUUGUUACUACAAAGUUGCCUGAUAAAACCUGGAGGAAACACGCUGGCCUCCGAACAUGUGUCGGGCAGAGAGGUUUUAUUUUACCGUGCUGUGCUUACAUUUGCAUGGACAUGUUGUCGUAAUGUUGAAUCAAGUUGUUGAAACUGUAAUAAAUUUAUUUUUUG